UAUGACAGAGGAGGAGAAGACCUGACUCUGGGAUGAGCUUGGAGCUGGGGGUGGAGGGAGAGGCAGUGGCUGCUGCUGCUCCUAGUGCUCUGAUCGGCCCGCCUGUGGUGUCACUCAUCAAACACACUACAAGAAGGAAGGUGGUUCUCAAAUCCUUCCACUCUACUGCAUCACCUGGCUUUUAACCACUUUGCCUGUGAGUCAGCUGGGGCCCGGGAGGUUCCAAACUCAACAUGAACCUGGAGCCUGGAAAGCCUGACAUUAAAUCUGCCACCCGUGUGACAGGGGGACCAGCCACCCCAAGGAAAGGACCACCCAAAUUCAAGCAGCGGCAAACAAGGCAGUUCAAGAGUAAACCACCGAAAAAAGGAGUUCAAGGAUUUGGAGAUGACAUCCCUGGAAUGGAGGGUCUAGGAACAGACAUCACAGUCAUCUGCCCCUGGGAAGCCUUCAAUCACUUGGAGCUGCACGAGCUGGCCCAAUACGGCAUCAUCUAGAGACCCAGUUCCUUCAAUGCUGAAGCCUAUUUUUCUCCUGCCUGGCCAAUGCAGGGAGAUGUAGUGUGUGUAGGACUCAAAACAAAAGUUACCCAACUCUGCUUCUGAGUGCUUGGUGUUGAGCUGCUGGCUUUCUUCCUUGGCACAAACUUCAGCGUCCAUAACAGUCAUGUACCCAUUAAUGUGCAAUAAACUCCAAUCAGCCUGAGAGAAAUAUUAAUGUUCUAAACCACACAUUUUGCUUUUUACUCUAUUCAUGUAAUUAUUACUAUUUUAACUGUGUCAUCCAAACGCAGAUCACUGUACCCUUUUUGCCAACACUUUUUUACCAAGUUAUUCAAGCCAGAUAGGCGGUCAGUCUGCUACUUUGCUUAGCUUUGCUAUUGUGGUUUAGUAACAAAAUAUAUUAUCUCAGCUUAAACAGAUAUUUUAUCUCCCAUUUGUCAUACAGUCUUAAACCUGCUCUUAUUUUACCUGUACUCUACAAUUAUAUGCCCUUAUACAUGCUCUGGACUCUACAUAUUCCCAUCAAGUUCUAAGACAUGUAUCAUAAAUGGAAUCAGUAUGAUAUCCCAGCCUUCGGUUGCCACACUAAUCUAUUCCUCCUCAGGUGGUGGCGUGGACCACCAGCCAAGUGGGGAAUUCCGACCGCCGGGAUUUCACCGGGUGUCGGGAUUCCGGCAUCGGUAUCCUGACAGCUGGGAUCCCGACAGCCGGCAACAUGAUUGCGUCCCUCAUAAAGUAAGCUCCUCCUGUUGAUAUUAUCUUACUUUAUUUUCCUUUUGCUAAAGUAAAAAACCUGUAAGUUUGGCAAAUAGUAAAUCCUUGAAACACUUGAUCCAAAAGACACAAUUUUUAUGGGAUGAGCUUGUUAAUAUCAAAGUUUAAAAUUGUAAUAAGCAGUGUAAAUAAUGAAAAAAGAUAGAAUUUGAUAUUAAAAUGUGUUUAGAAUAGAUUUUCAUAUAUCCCAUCUGUCCUGAUUUAAGUGAGACUGGAUUUGAGGGGAUAGAAGUUGUAAUGUAUGAAUCCUUGGCAAGUGGGGAUAUCAAAACGGGGAGCUGCUGCCUCUGGAAUACUCUGUGUUUAUAGGCAAGGGGCACUGGGAUACAGGUGGCAUAGCACUUCAGAAGCUCUGGCCAAACUCCCCAAUGUGCUGUGACCAUAACACAGUUUGCAUUUAAUACAAUUUCCUGAUAAAUUCUGGACAGCUUUGGGAGAUAUGGGUUCUGUAGUUACUAAUUUCAUGACUUAAUUAUGCCAAGUACAAGGUAAGGCAUAUGCUGUUUUACUGCAUACCAUUGGGACACUGGCUCAACUCCUAUUUCUUUUGAUCUCUGGUCUUGAUCAUGCCCCAAUUAAUAGAAGACCAACUCCUUCCAGCUGGGUUUUGAGGGUGGCAUGUCAGUAAAUAAGUGGAAUAUGACACAAGCAAAACAUCCACAGUACAGUAAGUGUCAGCAUGAAUUACAUCCCAAGAUGGUCACUAAAGAGAUACCGGUUUGGAGUGGGAUAGCGUGCAGCUACUCAACUCCUGGAACAUGUUGCAAGCUGAUGAUGAUUGCCGUGGUCUGUGUCUCAUAGAUAUACUCCAUUAAAGAACUAUAGUGUAAUUGAUACAGCUACAAUCUAAUAGCAAGAUUACAGUGUACUGAACACACAAAAAAAAAUAAUGAACGCAGACCACAGUCCGGACUGCAGCACUGUGGACAGCUCCCCCCGUCAAGAAGGAUAGGAGCCGCUGCAGGUGGAGACCAUAGGCCCAAGUAGAACAGCAGCUAAUGCUUUCAUUUUUUUACCUUUACUAUUUUUGGCGGUUGGUGCCCUUAAAAGACAUGGAGUAGAGCAGAUGAAGGCAAUCUAAAAUCUAUUUACAAGCAUCAUCAUGCCCUUCCGCCCGCUGGCCACAGUGACCAGUAUAGCUUAUGUUCUACAGAGCAAGAGAAUCACAGGGUACCCAAGCUUGCAGUUAGCUGUGCGUGCCAGUGUUUUUACAGCUUGCACAAUGACUAUGUUAUUAGGAGUUUAUUCAUUGGGGGGGAAAAAUACACAUAUUGAUUCACCACUAUUUGUAGAAAUUCUUAUAUACAUACACUAAUAUAUACACACACACACACACACACACACAUAUACUAUAUACAUACUGUAGUUUGUCACAUCACCAUUUUCACCCCCACAAAAAAUUAAGCACUACAUUUUGCAGCAUACAGCUUUUUGAUUAUCGCCAACGAUUGAUCGGUUGCUAUGUUGGGAUACACGCAAUAUCCUGGCAGACGUAAUGCCGGCUGUCAACAUACCGACGGCAGCAUCCCGUAUAUGCCAGAAACCCAGCGUUGAGUCCGCUCGCCACAGGUUCCAUUCCCACUCGGUUGGAGGCGUGGAUCCACCAACAGAGUGGGAACACCGGGCCGGUGUUGGGAUUCCUGCUGUCUGUUUAUCGAUGGUUGUCGGGUUUCUGGUGUCGGUCUCCUGAACGCUGAGAUCCCAACAGCCGGUAACCUGACUGCAUCCCGCAAAGUUAAAAGAAGCUAUUUAACUCAACAUUUCUCAGACAACCAUGAACCAGUGUUUAUACCAAGCAUUACACUAUAUUUUUCUAUUGGGUAAAAGUACAUGCAGCCUGUGCAACAGGUGUCACACAGAAGUACAUGAGUAAAUGUUCAUGAACUGCUGUUGUCAUGAUCUCAGUAAAUGUAAUAUACAUUUUCCUGACUAUAAAACCUACUUUGUCUUCAGUUAUAUGAAUCUCUUUCUGCCUGUCUACAAAACAAUAUAAUCUUUGUAAAUAUCCCUGUAUAUCCCUGUCCUUGAUGUUCAUCUCUCCCAACAGAGUAUAAAUCACUUUUAAUCUGCUCAUCUAAUCCUUGCUACACAACUGUUUUAUAAGAUAAAUGAUCACGUGUUGGAGAAAUCCUGUGGAUAAUAAGAGUAUGACCAUGAAUAAACAGUGAUACAAAUGUC